UAUAUGUGUCUUAUUUAAGUCACUAGCUGCACUUUGGUUUUCCUGUUUGCACUGCAGUCUUUAAUAACAUUAACUAGUUAUCUCGAGGCACUAAAAUGACUUCUCCACAGACUGCAUUUUAUUGAGUUUGAGCAUUGAUUAAACCCUCAUAAUGUGUCUGCCAGCAUAUAAAAAUACAUGAAUUGGAAUGUUAACAGAUUUUUAAAAAUUCACAUGAACGAACCAGAAAUUGAAGUUGGCGAUAUAUUUGAUUUGCAGCAAAACAUGAUGUCCAGCUGCCACCAAUACCACUAAUCUAAGACUAAUGAAAACCAAAAAUGAACAGAAAAGACAUUUGUGAUGAUUAUUUGAAGGAUAGAAUUUUAUUAUUGUGACCACCUUAACUGUAAAAGGUCUAGGAGCAUGAGUCAGUGUGUCAACCAUGUGUGGCAACACUAAAUUAUCCAGCAAUUGACUGAAACUCAUGUCUACGUGUUCUAUGUAUGAGCUAAUAUGAGCAUGAUCAGAUAUUAGAAGCAAUGGGAUGCAAUGGUUUAUUUGGACUUUGGUUACAGACGUGUGUUAUUCUGACAUUAAUCCUCCAGCCUGUUUGGCGCGCUGUAAAAGGAAAGUCCAUCAGGUUUAUGGGCUGAGCUGCAAUUUAUUUGGUUGCCUGGUUGGAAGUUGCCUACUGCACACAUGAGUUAAAUAUUAACUCGGCAUCAUUUUAGUCGCAUAUUUUCUCAGUCUGGCUCGGGAUGCAAAUAUGAGAUAAAUUAGUUUUGUAUUGAAAACAGACCUUCGAUAGCUGCAAACAAUAUGGAAUGUUUUGCGUAUGACAAGCUAAAUGAAGUGUGACUGAUUCAGUUUUAAAUACUUGAAAUAUUGCGUUUUCACAGAUCAGUAACAUGAGAACAUCCAGUCUGAUUAAGGAAAGGCAGAUGAUCGCUGGCCAGGUCCUCAUGGAGGAGAUAUUCAUCACACUGAAAAAGGAGGGCAAAUAAAGUCUUGAAUGUGUGGUGAUCAAAUGGGGCUUUUUUCCAGCUCCAAAAUAGGUCAAUAGGCAUGUAUAUCCAUCCCUAUAGAGGGACUCUAGGCCUCUUGCCAGUCUGUGAAAUGUCUUGCAUGCUGUUACAAAGAGGAGAAGGGCCCUCCUGAAAUAGUCUGGACUGUGAAAAUCAAAGCUGAAGAGACUGAGAAAGCACACCGAGGAAAAAAAGAAACUGAAAUUAACUAAUAUACACCGUCACAAAUCAUUUUUUUUGCACUAGCAAUGAAUGAAAUUAUCGCGAAUGCUGUUAAUGUCUAACAAGCAGCUGUCAACAACCAACGCGCAGAGAAUUAUCCCUCAGUUUGUUAGUGCUACAGAUCAAAAUAGCCUCUUUUCACUCAUUUUAUGGCAGUUUCAGAAGCAAAAUUGAAUCCCAUGAAUAAGUUUUGUACAAGUUGCUCGGCACCAAACAGACAGACAGAAGCUUAAGGUAAGCUGUUAAACUAACUUUGUUUUUGUCAGAUGUUUAGUAGCCGCUAGAAGCUAAUAGGGAAGUAAGUAUAGGACUUACAUUUAGUGUGACGGCCACAAAUAGAACUAUGUGCUAGCAAAUCAAUAUGUUAGCAGCAAUAAGUCAUUGCUUUGUAUGUCUCCGUUUGCAUGUCAAGGAAAGAUCACCCAACAAUUAUGGGUGAUGUGUGCUGUCUAUAAAUUAAGAGUCUGUAUGCCCACUAAAGGGCAAAUAUCUCAGCAGCAAAGGUCUCUGAUUCUUUGGACUGGGGCACAAUGUCCUCUACGCUUCAACCUCUACUGUUCUGCGGCUUUUACAAGCUGACAAAAAACUUGCAGCUGCCCUCAAGGAAUUCUCCCACCCAUGCGAUUACAUAGAGCCCAAUAAAAAAUUUACAAGCCCCUGAAAAAGCUCCAAACAUUCACAAACAAACAGUAAUGCAUUUGAUUUUAGAAGUAGCGCAAAAAAACCCAUAAACUGCACUGAUAGUCGUGUAGAGCUAGCAUGCCUUUUCUGCUUGUUGGUCGACCAAGCAUUGCAGGGGUAAUUACCUCUGUGGUUGUUUAUUUGUAACUUGAAUGGGUUUCUUGUGCUGCCAGUCCAACUGGGAGUCAGAGUUUUAUACCCUUCAAUGCUUUUUGUGUUAAUGAUACAUUUAUAUCUGUCUCAAUCUUGCGUAUUUGCUGCAAGACUUCCUUCAAAAUAGCUCCUAAGUGAAAUGUGAAUAACACACAGUCCUGUUUGCAGUUGUCUUUGAGCCUAUAUAGGUCAGAAACUCUCCACGCAUCCAUCCAUUAUCUAUACAAUGCUUAAUCCUCAUUGGGUUGGGGACGUAGGGGGCUGGAGCCUAUCCCAGCUGACUUAGGGCAAAGGCAGGGGAAAGCCUGGACAGGUCGCCAGUCUAUAGCAGAACUAUACAUACAGACAAACAAUCACACUCGUGGUCAGAAACUAUCAAUGCUAAAAUGUAACAUUCAGUUUGAACUCUGCAGUGCAUGGUAUGUACACAGUGCAACAAACUCACAGAUAUAGAAGAGACCAAAACAUAGAGGCCACGUGAGUGAGCUUUUCAGGCUUUUGUUGACUUUGGCAUUGAGCCACUCUCCCCCCUCCCCAAGCCCCUCACCCAUUCCUUGCAUGCCUUCACAUAAACACGCACACAUACAUUACUUUCACAAACAUUUCCUUUUCUUUGCUCUCUCUGUUCUCCCAAGUGGAUAUACAUGCAUUCUUUCUUCCUCAAGUUUUAUGAUCUGAGCCAAACUUUAAUAAAGUGAUUCUGAUUCUGAAACUUUUCUGUAAAACAGAUAUGGUUUUCACUACGCUGGGCACAACCAAGAAUGUCUUGUUUUGGUUUUUUCUUUCCAAACCCUGAUAGUCGCCGUGUUUAUGAUGAAUGAGUUUCUGUUUAUAAUAAAGAAAAUGUUUUCUUUCAGACACUGCCUGACUGUGAUACUUUCUAUGGAAAGUUACUCACUUUCCCUGACCUGAAUUAACACAGUUGAUACUUUACCGUCAACUUUAGCCAUGUCAGUGUGCAGAGAAGUAGGUGCAAAGCUGCAGUUACAGAUUAACACUUUUUUUAUAGAUGCAGAGGUUUUUCUCAUCUUUAAGCCUUUUUUAGAAGCCAUCUGACUCAUGCACGGUUACAGUAACUGCGCACACAUAGAUACACACAUGUACAUACUAACAUGGCUUUGAGAUGUGUUCACUUCCCAAUGUUUGGGGUCGAAACUCGGGCCGUCCAACCACUGAAGACGGGGGACAACAUCUGUCCGCCAUCUUUGUCAGUGCUGCCAAGUUUUAUGGUGAGACCCCCUUCGCCUCUUCGAUUCUUCAUCCAUCCACCCUUUGCCUCUUUAUUUUUUUCCCUCCUCCACCCCACCUUGCCUUCUCCUCCUCCUCACCCCAUCUGCCAGGCAAAUGGAGCCAGGUCAUCUGAGAUGCUGCUGCUCCUUUCUUCGUAUUUUUUCCACUGUAGCCUCUGAAUUUGCUUUCUUUCUUUAAGAAGACAAAAAAAAUUCUUUUCCAUUUCUCUCACCCUUCUUUUCUCUUCGAUGUAAAAACAUGCUUCGAUUUUCUCUUCAGUGUUUAUCAUUUGCGCUUGUUAGCUUUCUACACAUUAUGAAUCGACCUUUUUUUUUAAAAAAAUCAUCAUAGAAUACAAUUUUCGAAUUUGUGCAAACUUGCAUCCCCUGCCCCCCUUCUUUGCCCUGCAUAAAUAUUUAUUUACACAAGACAUUAAUAAGAAUAUGUUGUAACGUGACCGUUUGUAUUUUAACGAUUGCAAGCAAUAUCUACAUAUUUCUAUUUUUAACAUUUAGCAGCUCAGCUCUUCAUGUUUCUUCAUUCUGUCUCUUCACAGGAAACACAAUAAAAAGUGUUUGAGGAUGGCUCUGAAUGUGCCGGGUCUGGUGGUGAUGGCGGCGUUCUACCUGCUGAUCUUGGGCACGGGCAUCUGGGCGUCCAUGCGCUCCAAGAAGGAGGAGAAAAAAUGCACAGGAGAUGGCAUGGAGAUAACGCUACUGGCUGGACGCAACAUCAACUUGCUAGUCGGCAUCUUCACUCUCACUGCUACAUGGGUGGGAGGAGGCUUCAUCCUUGGCAUAGCUGAGGCAACAUACAACCCAACACUAGGCGCAGUUUGGGCCCUCAUGCCUGUGCCUUAUGUCUUGACCUUCUUCUUAGGUGGCUUUUUCUUUGCCAAGCCAAUGAGAGAGAACAAGUACGUGACAAUGAUGGACCCUUUCCAACAGAAGUAUGGGAACGUCCUGGCCACUGCGCUGAUUUUGCCUGCACUCGUGGCCGACGUGCUCUGGGUGGCACGCACACUCGUCAGCCUGGGUGGAACUAUGAGCGUGAUCCUGGACCUAUCCUACGUCUAUUCAAUCAUCAUCUCCUCAGUGGUGGCCAUCAUCUACACACUGCUGGGGGGGCUCUACUCUGUGGCCUACACAGAUGUCAUCCAGCUGAUCCUCAUCUUUGUCAGCUUGUGGGUGUGUGUUCCCUUCAUGUUGACCAACCCUCACUCUGUGGACAUCUCGCUGACGGCGUACAACCAGACCUUCCAGGCUCCCUGGGUCGGCACAGUGGAGCUGGAUGAAGCCGGAAAAUGGUUCGACGACUUCAUGCUGCUGGCUCUGGGCGGCUUGGCCUACCAGGCGUUCUACCAAAGGAUCCUGUCCGCCUCAUCUUACACCCAGGCUCAAGUGACCUGCUUCGCCUCCUCAGCCUUCUGCCUAGUGCUGGGUAUCCCAUCUGUGCUGAUUGGAGCCGUGGCUGCUUCUACAGAUUGGAACUCUACUGCCUAUGGAUUACCAACCCCCUAUGAGCGCGACCAGGCCGGAUCCAUCCUCCCCAUCGCUCUACAGUACCUCACACCUACCUAUGUCUCCAUCAUUGGCAUCGGAGCUGUAGCUGCUGCUGUCAUGUCCUCCAUGGACUCGGCUCUGCUGUCCUCUGCCUCGCUGUUCUCCUCUAAUAUCUACAAGAACAUGAUCAGGAAGCAGGCGUCGGACCGAGAGAUGCAGUGGGUGAUCCGUAUCUCAGUGGUGGUGGUGGGUCUGGCCGGCACCGCCCUCACCUUCCUGGACAGCAGCGUCCUGGUGUUCUGGCUGGUGGGUGUUGACAUGUCCUACACUAUCAUGUUCCCCCAGCUGGUCUGCAUCCUCUUCUUCAAGGUGUCCAACGGCUACGGCGCCACCGUCGGCUACAUGAUGGGAAUCAUCAUGAGGAUCCUGAGCGGAGAGCCUCUCAUCAACCUCCCGCCCGCCAUCCAGUUCCCCGGCUGCCGGCUGGACGAGGAGGGAAAACUCACCCAGUUCUUCCCCUUCCGCACCACCAUCAUGGUCAUCUCGCUCCUGUCCAUCCUGCUCUUCUCAUGGCUCACGUCCAUCAUCUUUAACAAGGGCCUGCUGUCCGAGAAGUGGGACGUGUUCAAGAUCAAACGCAAGCAGAGAUCAACAGCCACAGCGGCAGAUGUCAAGAGGACCAACGAAGAAGCCUCCCAGGCCAAGCAGCUCCUGGACACCACCAGCUGCUAAGGAGGCUACAGAGAUGGGGAGAAGAUGGGCACCGGUUGGAGGCAGACAUGUUUGUUUGCAAGUGUGCAAGAGUUCAUAGAGGGGGAACAGCAGCAGAGGCUGGAUUUGUGUACAGAUUCUGUAUCACAGUGCUUUUAUGGUGACGAUCUCUGGCAGGAGCUGCUCAUCGUCCUCUACAGAGAUAGCAGUCCCAACAAGUCACCAAAUACGUUCUGUUCACCUCCUUCAGUAUAUCGCCAAAAAAAUACACGUAGAACCAGAAUGAAAUGCUUGUGCUCCAUUAUGUAUACGCCACUAAUAUGGAGACAAUCCCUCAAAGAACCCAGAGAAAAUGUUAAAAUUUCUUUGGAAACAUAAAAAAAAAUAGUCUGGAAUAUUUAAGGUCAAAGUCAUACAAUUCCUGAGUCAUUAGAUUCUCCUCAGUAAAGAACAGUUUCGUGCAUUUGUACAGAUGGUAGAUUAUAUUUUCCCACCACACUUCAUAAAUUGGGUUUCUUUCCAGUCACAGAGAUGAGUUUCGAGACCACCACACUUAAUGAAAAUCACAGCAGAAAUGGAUUAAUCCCAAAGGAACAAUUUGUAUAGUUUAAAAUUCAAACAUAAUGUGCAAUUAUUUAUCAGAUCUUUUCUUGCUUUUCCUGUAAGAGACAGUACGUCAGACUUGUCAGAAACAAGCCUGGGUCACCUUCGAUGAUAAUCUUUAAUCAACUCAAUGCGCCCAGCCGGAAACUUGUCACUGUGCUGCAAACUUCUCUCUCAUCGUGAACCUAUGCAAAAGAUAUGCAGCAAAACGGGGCUUUUUUCCACACCAGAACAAAGAAUUGCUUCCCAAAGAACAAAGAAUGAGCGCACAACUGCACAGUUAAACUUAAGAGACAGUUUUUUUGAAUGUCAUCUGACUUCCUACUUCCUCUAGUUGAUCAGCUGCCUUGACUACAGCAGCUUCUCAUCUUUCUAGUUAGUUUUUAACCUCUAAAAAAUGAGAAUUAAAGUGCUUAAUCGCCAAUGUGCUUUAUUUAAAAUUGAAAAUGUGCAAUUUUUUUGAUUCCCAAACUGCUUAGCAGUAAGAAAAACCUGACAGGAGUUUAUUUCUUUUUUUGUAGAAGUGAAUCUGUAUGCAAGGAGAGGACAAUCGUGUCAACGUAUGUAAGACGUGAAGAUUUAUACAUGUACAUUUUCACCUCCAGCUCAGUAAACAGUAAAGUCAACAUUUUUUUUUGUUUUUUCACAACGUCAACUCUGAAAGCGGGCGAAUGCAGACACCUGAAGCGUCUGGCAGAGCUGGUAGCAAUAAUAAAACUCCAAAAACACUCAGGAAUGUGACAUGAACACUAUUUCAGGCUUUUGAAAUGUCCAGUGUGUUAUAUUUUAUUUAAAUUGACCGGUUCAGUUGUAAAAGCAGCAGCAGGGAGAGACUUAACAGUCAGAUGAAUCCCCACCGCUACAUUUCACUCACAUGAUGAAAACCUGAAUGUAGCAGUUUGUCAAAAAACUGCACAGAGAGGUUGCCCAACAUCUUCCUUCCUCUUCCUCCUCACCCAUUCCUCCUCCUCAUUUCUUCCUCCUCCAUCCGUCAGUGUGAGACAUGUGCUUUUCAGUUUGCUCAUUUAUUAUUUUGUACUGUAUAAUUGUUUAUACUGAAUGCAGCGCUGUAGUUUACAGUGGGAUCACUUUAUUCCUCUGAGGUGGUGAAAACCUUUGCAGCUAAGAAACAGUACAAAUUCUAUACUCCCUUUUUAAUGAUCAGACUGUCAAAUGACACUUUUUUUAAAAAAAGAAAAAGAAAAGUAUGUUGUUGUACUGAGCCUACAUAGUAGUGAGUUGUGCAGCAAGAUUCCUGCUAAUGUGUGACAGUCACAGAAAGCCUCCUUCUACUACAUUGUUGCCUUUAAUAUCACUGGAAACAGGUUGUAUUUGCUGGAAAAAGUAAAAUGUGUACACUCUAGUCACUGUUCAAAUACCUCAAGGAGUGGUAUUGUUGGUUUUAAGUGUACAAAACUUUAACCUAUGAUUCUGACUUCUCCUCCAAAGCAUACUGUGUGAAUGUCGACAAGCUGUUUCUCCAAAGAGGACGCAUGUAGGAUGCGGCGCAUGCAUCUUUUUAUACGUGUGAUUGUGAUUUCUACAUGUAUUAUACUCUUGUGCUGUAAAGUCUAAUCACAAUUUGUAUAUUUACACUUUUUAUUUUUUAUCAAAGUUGUUCACUAAGUAGAACACUUUAUCUCCAGUUAGCAACUUUUUUAAAAAAAACACACAAAUUCACCUUCAAUUUUGCAGAACAUGAAUAUGAAUAUAGAAUUUCACCGUCGAAGAAUCAGAAAAACUUGAUUUGGUGAAAGAUAAACUUGGAUUUCACAACCUAAAUAAUGUAUUUUCAGCACUUUUUGAGCAGAAAAAUUUUCAUUUCCAAGCUGCAUUAGUCAAACACCACCUGGACAGUUGUGUUAGUUUUAUAUUAUACGAUAGAUAGUGAGUUCUAUAUUGUAUUUUCCCCUUAUAUGUAUUUGGUUUUAUACUGUUAUGCAUGAUGAUUGUCAUUAACUGCGUUUGUAUACUGAACUUUCAUGAAGGCUGUUCUCUCUUGCCACUUGGCAAGGUCCUACUUUGUAAUCGAUUAAUGUAAAUCCCCAUGGGGUGAUGUUCUGUCAGAAUAAAGGAUGAAACCAAA